AUGGUUAAAUGGUUCUGCUCCGCGCAAACACACACACAGGUGUCACCUUUGGCGGUCCAGAUGAGGAUAGAAACGGUUCUGCUGAGCGCUGAUCCAGGAUUAAGAGUUGGUUUUAACAGCCUGGGUGGUUUUGCUUCAGUCAACCAUCUCCAUCUUCACUGCUACUACCUAAACCACUAGCUGAGGAUUAAAACCUCCCCGGCAGAACCGAUCCUGCCUAAGAAAAACUUGUGUGGCCUUCUGGACUUCCCGGGAGGCUUUCUGUUCUAUACUCGGGGUCCAAACCUGGAUUUGACAGUCAAUGCAGUUUGUAGUCUCACUGAUAUUAUGGUUGAUGGGAACAUCGCACACAACCUCUUCAUCACCCGAGGUUGCCCCCCACGGAGGGAGCUUGACCCAUCUGUGUCCCAGAAUGGGGUGAGGGUCAUCGCAUGGCCUCGGCUGUCCUGUUUUGGGGCCAAAGAAGAGUUGGCCUUCAACGUUGCCCUGUGUGAGCUCGCCGGACAUCUUCCUUUCAAAAACACAGACAAAUACAAUAAAGACACGGAGUACAAAAUUGUCCGGAAAUAUCUGCUGCCCCAAGAAGAGCUCAGGGAAUUGCAAAAGCAUGUCAUGAAAUGUUUAUAA